AUGCUGUCAACAAUGUACUCGCGUCGCCCGCUCCCAUGCCACCCAAUGCAACCACCCGAAUCGCUUCCUGGGCGGAUGUAGUCCGCUCGGGCACGCCCUCGUACCCGUCCACGCCGAAUAGCAGAGCCUCCGCAACCGCAAGCGUCAAGGAUAGGGAAACCGUAGUGAAACUCGAUGCAAAUUCCGCGGCCGUUCUCCGCAAGAUAUCGCCGGAGGACCUCCGCAAACGAGUGAACGAUGCCUUGGGAUCACGGAUAAACCUGCUUGGGAAAGCUCCACGCGUCAUAGCAGCAAAGCAGCUGAAAAGCGGCGAUGUAUUACUCCACACCGCAACCACGGCAGAGGCAGACACACUGAAGAGCACCGAAGAGGAAAUGGGUCAAGGUUCUCGGGACGACCGCACGAGUGAUCAAGCCCACGUAUGGAGUGAUCGUCCACGGAUUACGCACCGACAAGGAUUCAAUUGAUACCGACAAUCAAGACAGAGCUAUCGAGAAGAUCGAAUCGGAGAACGCCGUACUCCAUGAAGGAGCGAAGGUAGCCUACGUAAGGUGGUUGACCAAGGAAGGGAGAAGGAAAGCAGCCUCCUCCCUUGUCGUGGAAUUCACGACAUAAUACCACGCUAACUGGGUCAUCCGAGAGGGACUGG